GAGAGAUGUGGGCGAGCUCUAUAUAACGAUCCAUUGCCUUCACUAAACGCUUCCCCUUUCGUUUCCUCUUCCCGCUUCGAUCGGCUCCGCCGUGAUUCCCCCAUCCAACGAACCCCCGUUUGAAUUUCGAGGCAUCGAUGGCUUCGAGAGCGUCUUUAGGGCUUCGAUCGGGAGAGCAGAGGCGACGAUCUUGAGCGAUUGGCACGGUUUGGGGAUUUCAGGAGGUAUUUUGUGGGGGAAUCGACGAAUUGGGUUGUGAUUCGUGGUGAGCUGCUUUAUUCGGAGGCGAUUGAUGGAGCCAAGGGGGAGCUCCGGCGUUGGAUCCGGGAAUUCCGGCACUUACACGCCGGAAAUCGCCGAGUCGCUUCGCUUCGAGGAGGAGAUCCAGAGCCUCAUCGACCCGAGCUUCGACGCCUCAUCGGCGGCUGGCGGCUCCUUCACUGCGCUCCUCGGCCUCCCCGCCAACCAGGCCGUGGAGCUCCUCCACCAUCCAGGGCCCGGUGAACCCCCCGCCUCCGCCGCGACGGAUACUCUCCAUCUCGCGUUCGGUUGCUCCUCCACCUUCGUGGAGCGCGCCGCCAGGUUCUCGGUCUUCGCCACCGACGACUCCCCGGCGUCGAGCUCCGGCGGGGGUCUCUCGCCUGGACUCAAGGCAGAGCCCCCGGACUCCGAUUCGCCGCCGACCCUCCCGGCCCCCGCCGGGAAGCCUCGGCGGCCGUCGAAGAGGAAGGAGUGCGAGAAGAGCAAGGCGAAGGCCGUCGCGAAGAAGAGCAAGAGCGCGGAGGAGAAUACCUCUGCGGCGAAGCCCGCUGCUGAGGAGAACACCAGCGGCGACAUGCUCCCUUACGUUCACGUCCGUGCUCGUCGAGGACAAGCCACCGAUAGCCACAGCUUGGCGGAGAGGGCGCGGAGGGAAAAAAUAAAUGCGCGGAUGAAGCUUCUGCAGGAGCUGGUCCCGGGCUGCAGCAAGAUAACAGGUACGGCAUUGGUGCUCGAUGAAAUUAUCAACCAUGUCCAGUCUCUGCAAAGACAAGUCGAGUUCCUGUCGAUGAAACUAGCGGCGGUCAACCCAAGGAUCGACUUUAGCGGCCUCGACCACAUACUAUCGGCAGAGUGUGGACCGCUGGCGGUGGCCAGCGGGUGUGGCGGAGGGGCCUCGGACCCCGCCAUUUGGGCGUCAGACACGGCCGCAUCCACUGGCGGAAUACGGCGGAUGCCGGCGCCGCCGCAGAUUUGGCACCUCGAUGUGGUGCACCCCCAGCAAUCGUCGACGGUGUGGGAGAACAAUGGCGUCGCACAUCCCCACUUCCUCCUUAGCCCUGCGACCUCACUUGUUGGUUAUGACCCUGCCAGUUCCGUGCCACUAAAUUCAAACCGACUGAAGACGGAACUCUAAACUGCAGCAUUAGUGGUGCUUUGGUACUAUCAUAACAACUGUAUGCACAGCGCAGAUCUAAUAUAUUGUUAGGAUGAGUCGAGUGGACGUAUUCCUUGCAUUACCGUCUCUCUGAUCAUUAAUCUGUAGAGCAUGAUACCCUAAUUCCUCAUAUAGUAUGCGUAUAUAAUAAAUCUUAAUGUUCCUAUCUAA